AGAGAGAGAGAGUGAGACUGAGAGAGAGAGUGAGACUGAGAGAGACUGAAAUUUUUCCAGUUUCUAUGACCUGAAAUUUUUUCUUCAAUUGUGGAAAAUUUUGAAUACCGAGAUGGAGAGUGUUUCAAGGGAGGUUUACGAGGCAGCCAUGCUGCUGAGCGCGGUUGGAGAUGCGUUGGGCUAUCGGAACGAACAGUGGGAAUACUGCGAGAGCGGGGAGCAGAUUCAUUCCGAGCUGGAGGGGCUGGGGGGCCUGGGCAACAUUCACGUCUGUCUGCCACACUGGCCUGUCAGUGACGACACUGUACUACACCUCGCCAGCGCUCAGGCUCUCAACACUGGGAAAGAUGGAGAUGCACUGCUGCAUGAGUUUGCUGCUCAAUAUGUUGAAGCCAUGAAGGACAUGAAGGGCAGGAAGCCAGGUCCCACCAGCAUCCUUGGAACUUCACAGCUGAGACCCGGAGAGCCGUUGGGUUUCCAGAUUCCCUUUAACCCGAAAGGAGUUGGAUGUGGUGCAGCAAUGAGAUCGAUGUGUAUCGGUCUGAGGUAUCCACGCCCGGAGCAACUCCCACACCUGGUGAGGGUCAGUAUAGAUUCCGGCCGAAUGACACACAACCACCCAACAGGUUACCUGGGGGCUUUGGCCUCUGCUCUCUUCACCUCCUACGCUGUACAGGGGCGUCCGUUGUGGGAGUGGGGUAUCAGCUUGCUCCAAACGCUCCCCCUCGCUCUGGACUACGUCACCAGCUCCAGGAGAGAUGUCCCGGAAAACCUUGCCGCCUGGAAUUACUUCCCAGAAAAGUGGGAAUGGUAUUUGAAGCAGCGGGGGCUGGAGGCGGGAUCUGGGGGGCCGCGGUUCCCCCCGGUGUUCGGCCCCCCCGAGCGGGACGUGGAGUACAGGACAUUCUCGCUGGACGGGUGGGCGGGACGAAGUGGCCACGAUGCUCCCAUGAUAGCGUACGACGCACUGCUGGGGGCGGGCGCAUCCUGGGAGGAGCUGUGCUCGCGAGCGGCCUUCCACGGAGGUGACAGUGACUCCACAGCUGUUAUCGCCGGCUGCUGUUGGGGGGCGAUGUAUGGACUGUCCUCGGUCCCCGAAAUAAACCACAAGUCACUGGAAUACCGGGAUCGCUUGGUGCAGGCAGCAAGACAGCUCCACCAGUCCGCCUGGGAAUAGUACCCUCACCCCACCCCAACCAUUCCCUCCCCUCUGCUUUUGUAAUAGAUACAGUGAAAUCGAUAUUACCCGAUCUUUCUGGGAAACCCACAGCCAUUCUUUUCACGCUGCUGCCCAAGUUUCCAUUUUGUUUCCCCGAUCUAUAACGCUCCAUGCAGCUUAUUGCUAAGUGGCCUCUGUCACAACAUUUCCCCUUUCGCGGUACCUGAUGGAGCCGUAUUUGUUCAGUUAAUUGACCAACACUGAUAGUAGGCAUGUCACGUCUCCUAAUUGGUGUUCAGAGGAUUACACAGCACAGAAGGAGGCCAUUCGGCCCAUCAUGUCUGUGCCGGUUC